AUGGCUUUUCUGGGAGUCACAUCACUUACAGGCUUGCUUCUUUCCCACUUCUUAGGCAUCAACAAAAACCGGCUUGGUGUAUGUGGCUGGAUUCUGUUUUCCCUUUCUUUCCUGUUGAUGAUCAUUACCUUUCCCAUCUCCAUAUGGAUGUGCUUGAAGAUCAUUAAGGAGUAUGAACGCGCUGUUGUAUUCCGACUGGGACGCAUCCAAGCUGAUAAAGCCAAAGGCCCAGGUUUGAUCCUGGUCCUGCCCUGCAUAGAUGUGUUUGUCAAAGUUGAUCUCCGAACAGUUACUUGCAAUAUUCCUCCACAAGAGAUCCUCACCAGAGACUCUGUGACUACGCAGGUGGAUGGCGUUGUCUACUAUAGAAUCCAUAGUGCUGUCUCAGCAGUGGCUAACGUCAACGAUGUCCACCAAGCCACAUUUCUGCUGGCUCAGACCACUCUGAGAAAUGUCUUAGGCACACAGACUUUGUCCCAGAUCUUAUCUGGAAGAGAAGAGAUUGCCCACAGCAUUCAGACUUUGCUUGACGAUGCCACUGAGCUGUGGGGGAUCCAGGUGGCCCGAGUGGAAAUCAAGGAUGUGAGGAUCCCUGUGCAGUUGCAGAGGUCCAUGGCUGCAGAGGCUGAGGCCACCCGGGAAGCCAGAGCCAGGGUCCUUGCAGCAGAAGGAGAAAUGAAUGCGUCUAAAGCCCUGAAGUCAGCCUCCAUGGUGCUGGCCGAGUCCCCCAUAGCCCUCCAGCUACACUACCUACAGACCUUAACCACGGUAGCCACAGAGAAGAAUUCCACCAUUGUGUUUCCUCUUCCCAUGAACAUACUGGAGGGCAUUGGUGGUAUCAGCUAUGAUAAUCCCAAGAAGGAUAAUGAUAGAGCCUGAGGCAGCCAGUCCAUGGCUUAGAGUCCUGCCUGUGCUACGAGGAAGAUAGUGUUAGAGGUGAUGGGAGGUCCAGCAAGGUGUAAGCCACAGGAACUCCACGGAGAACCAUUAGCAGGGUAAAUCUAUAGACACUACAAGAAGAAAGUGAACCCCAACUAAGGGCUACAUACUACUUUUAUCUUUAAAACAUAAUCAACUUUGAGAUACUCUUAUAUAUUUAAUUGUAAUCAUCUGAUUUAGUAGCAGGGUCUUUCUUAUAGUACAGAAGGAAAUCACUGGGCGACUAGAACUGAUUUCAGAAUGAAUACUUGUUCUUUUAAAAAGUACCCUAGAUCAUUUGUAAGUAGUAUGGGCCUCACAUUUAUACAACACAUUUGCUUCCAAUUCCAGAGUAAUUACUUGUUAUAUCUCCAGUGGUUGCAGCAAACCCUCCUCAGGGCUGAAAAUGAUGUCUGAUGGCUCUUAAAGACAGAAUGUUAGUCACAGACAUAGGACCAGCCCCACAGGGCAAACUGCGCUCAGCUCAGAACCCCAGCCCUCUAGCUGUGCAGUACAAGUUUUCAGACUCCAGGAACCUUUGUCAGAAACUGGGACAGGGAAGAGCCAGUCAGAAAGUUCCAGCCUAUUUAUUUGCUUAGAGUAGGAAUUCUUGUAAAGAGCUUUAUUGGCUGAAACCACUA